AUGUCAGUGCUGCUGCGCGUACGUGACUGGGCUGACGGGAGUGAGAAUUGUUUGGUGGCCGCGGUUGCUCCUGCUGCUACCUUGGGCCAACACGGACCUAUGGCAGCUCACCAAGCAACACCUCCUCCAUGCGACCUCUGUCAGGAUGUGGGUGUCAAGGUCAUUGACGUCUUGAGUGGUCGCGCAAGAGCAGGGCAGAAGGCAGGACGGAGACGGGGACGUGGGACACAAAACGGGAUGGGACAGGUGACGGGUUUUAAUUGUUUCGGCAGGGCACCGGCAUCGUACCCAACACCCAACCCAUCAUCGCGUCAAAUUACGAACCACGGCGGAGCUUCGCUUCUCACCCGGCGGACAAGGCAGGGUUCGAACCAUCUCGACAUGGAGCUGGGGGCACACUGGAGUCUGGACUCUAGACUCUGCACUGGACAGACAGCAUCCUCCUGGUGUACGGAUACGGAUGCAGAGUGCCAACAACAUCUCCCGCAGGUGGACAACAUGGGCCAAUUUCCUCUACUGGCGCGCCCCCAGCCAAGGUACAGCAUCCGCCAAUUCACGGCGUGCAGCCAUAUGCAGGCUUUUGCAGCUCUUUGCAGGUUGUUCCCCGUCGCGAGCGUUGAGCUGUCGUCUAUUGCGGCGCCGGCGUGGAAGAUGGCUGCAGCUUUCAGGAUUGGGCCCUCGGGAUGCCUUAACGGCGCCUUCCUAAGUCUGACCGGUGCAUGGCUCUCCCCGCUGAACAUCAUUGCCAUUACGCGCAUGGGAUCGCGGGAUGUGCAGCCUAGGCCGCCUGGGAUAUCCCGACUGCUCAUUGAGAUUAUGGGAAACUUGGCCUACCCAAGGCCCCAAGGAGACUCUGCCGGCCAUGAGCUGACAUAUCGGGCAUUGGUGUGCGACCAGGCGAAGGCGGCGCCGGCUGCGGCCACGACGGGAGAUGAGAGACAAGAGAUUGGAACUGCUCGCCUCACCCGUGUGGGAUUGACCAGUGACCGAUCAGCCGUGGCAGGGAAGCUCGGAGAGGCAGGGAAACUGCCUGCGGUGGCCGCGGUGCCGACGAUUGAGAUUGAGCCAGUGGGAGAAAAUCAGGGGGCUGGGGACUGUCAACCAAUCUUGCGCAUUCUGACCUCGGCCUGGACCUUGGUAGUGGCCAUAAGACCGGCUUCGAUGAGUGACGAGGAGAUCCAUGACAUGUUCAUGAUCCAAGGGCACUUUGCGCUGUAUGGUAUGAGAGACGAAGAUGACGAAACCUACCUAGAUUGCCAGUCGCCUGCCCUUUGGCCUCUCUCUCCUUCUUCAGCAGUCCCAACGGGAUGGUAUCUGCCCGGAGGUUCCCCGUCUAGGCCUCGGGGAUCAUCUGUAUCCGAUAUUGGAUUCGAAACAAUGUCUCUGGAAAUUAGUGAGGGAAGCAAGCUAUUGCAGCGGCCCUCUCCGUCGAUGAAUUGUCUAGACGAUCGGGAACGCGGUAAGACCUGCAUUGGCGCGAGGUUCGUUCAUCCUUCUCUCGAUGUUCUGUCGCCCAGCAUCCGACACACGCAGUGCAUUGGACAAUGCGUUGAGAUGGAAUCAAGGAGGAAGGAGAUGGUCUUGGACGAGCGUCAACUUCAACCUGGAAGGGAAAGGCCUGGGCCCAUGUGCCAGCGAAGAGGGAAAGAACAAGGGUGGCCCGUGCUAGAAAGGGAGCUCGGGGAUCAAACUGGGAAACAACGGGUCGCUCCCGACGACUUCCCCCUGUUCCCUGAUCUUGCAGGAGUGGCAGGACCCAAUCAAACUACUCAUUGGACCUUCCCCAUGAUUAAGCUCGCAAUUGCCUCGUGGACCUGGAACCGAACGCUCCAAGCAGGUGCGGUGCAGCGGUACUUCCUUCCAUUCAUCGACGGUUGCAACUUCCUAGACCUGGGGGCCAUUUUUCGAUUCUUCUUUGACUCUUCAUACCCGUCUGUCUGCAACGGUUUCUACGCCUUUGGGAAUCAAUAUUCGCGCCCCCGAAACUUCAAGUCAUUAACUGCUCAAAUCCAACGUCGCCCAUCUGAUUUCUGCCCGUUGCUAUCCAUUCAAUCCAACCAUUUCAUCCGUAUCUACGGAUACCUUAUCGACGACCAAGGGCCAUCCUUUCUCGGCGUCUCUUUUCCAAUCUGCCGGGCCCCUCAAGCAGCCUCCCUGCUUCACUUACACUCUUGA